AUGGCAGCUCCCAUCUCAUCUACUAAGAAGCACCAAGACCCCACUCUCCCUCCAGCGACUUGCCAUGAAGAGUAUACUGAGCAACCGGCCCAUUACCAUCUUCCAGUGCUUCUCUUCCCUUCAUUCUUUAUGCAGGUCUAUGCUAGGGGCCAUAGAGAGGUGCUGAAGGACAUAGUGAAGGCCUGGCCCUUCCCCUCCCUCCCCAUGGGGGACCGGGAAAAAUCACCAGACCUGGAAACUUUCAAGGCUAUCCUGGAUGGGCUCUAUCUGCUACUUGCCAAGAAGGUGUGGUCCAGUCGAUGUAAAUUGCAAGUGCUUGAUCUCCGGAAUGAGCACCCAGAGAUCUGGAUGUGGGGAUACCCCUCCAUAGCCCAAAUCUCUUAUCCAGCGUUCCUCACUGACAAUUUAACAGUGAAUUGCAUGACUGAAGAACAGACCUUGAUCAUUGCCAUGGCCCUGACUAUCAAAAAUGGCACCCAGAACGAUCUCCAAGCCUUCCUGCUCCAAUCGGUGAGGGAGAGGAAAGGACUCGUCCAACUGUGCUCAAGGAAGCUGCAGAUUCUGUCAGGUUCCUUCUCUAUGAUCCAUAGCAUUCUGUUUGUGGUGUGCCUGAACUCCAUCCAGGAAUUGGUACUUAAUAGUUUCUGGCAUCGUGUAACCAUGAAAAACUUUGCUCCUUAUCUGCAUAUGAUGAAGAAUCUUCACACUGUCAACUUCUCCAAGAUGAGUUUCAACUUCUAUACAUCCACCUCCAGGAAUUGUCCCUAUCCCUUCCAAUUGGGGGCACAUCUGGGGCAGCUGCAGCAUCUCCAGGAGCUCCAUGUCCACGAUGUCUUCUUCCUUUAUAAACAACUGCGAGCCAUUUGUGGGAGUCUGAGGCCUUUGAAGGCCUUGUCUCUGAGUUCCUGUCCCUUGAAGCAAGCAGACAUGAGGAUUCUGUCCCAGUGUCUCUGCACCAGGCAGUUUAAUCACCUGUGGCUGAGGAGUUUGUGCAUGGACCGCGUCAGUCAUGAGCUCCUGAGUGCCCUACUGGAGCAUGUAGCUGGCACCCUGUGUGCCCUGGCCCUAGAGGACUGUGACAUCACUGAUUCCCAGCUCUCCAACAUCAUGCCUGCCCUCAGCCAGUGCUCUCAACACAGAUUUUUCAGUUUCCCUGGAAACUUCAUCUCCAUGGCCUCCCUGCAGAACCUCCUGAGCCACAUGGUCAGUCUCAGCCAUUUGAGACAAGGCCUUUAUCCUGGCCCUCUGGAGAGCUACCGCCAUACAGGGAACAUCCAACCUGAAAGAUUUGCCCGGGUUCGGGCUGGAUUGGCACAGAGAUUGUGA